AUGGCCCUCGACGACGCCGGCGCCGAGUCACGAUUGCUCGCGCUCGUCCCGGAACUGAGAAAUCGCAUCUAUCGGUACACGCUCGUGGAACCCACGCCAAUACGUGUCGGCGUAGACGCACCACUCCCUACCGAGCCAGGAAUGCUUCGAGUCUGCCGCCAGAUUAGAGCUGAGGCAAAGGCCAUCUAUUUAAAGGAGAAUACCUUCGACUUCGAGAUUCCCGGCUUCAACAUCGCCAAGUACCUGCGGUGGAGCAGACUGUCACGGGCGCACAGACGCUCAAACGUCAAACUCACAAUGCACGCUACGGUCGCACCUCCACAGAACUGGCAAAACCUGUUGGUCUGGCUCAAAGCAUUCAGCGACCGCGAAGUAAGGGCUCGUCCUGGCACGGGCCCUAAUGCGGCUGCAUUUUGGCUAGUGGCAGCUCACAUGCAUGCCUUUGUGUACCGCGCCAGAGAUGCUGGGAAUCUUUCAUGGGAGGAGGUUGAAACAUCGCUUGAGUGCAUGCGAAAGAUAGCGGCUGUCAGCGAUCCAGCUUGGAAAACAUGA